AUGGCAGGCUUGUACGAGUUCUCACUCGAUCGAUCAAGACGACGCUACCAAGAACGUGAGAACGAAUCCAGCCACAAGUUCACGAGAGGACUGGAAACGAAGCUCGAACUGGGAACGGCGGAGCGGUCCAAGUCGCAGUCUCGUAUUGCAACCAAGUAUCGGGACAUGUUCGGCAGCUUCUGGGACAUGCCGUCCACCAUUCCUCCACUGUCGCCUGAGACGUGCUGCGCGUCACUGUCGCCAAGCCGCCCGUCUCCAGGCGUGCCGCCACAAGGACCGGUGCCUUCUCCUAGAACGACGUCCCCCGAGGCCGCACCUAAGAGGCCUCCAGGCGAGGCGUCACAUGGACACCGGCCACGAACCUCCGGGAGGCACUUAAGGUUCUCCCCCUCGGAGCCGAGUCCUUUUUCGCCUCCAUCACCCGCGGCGUCCAAAAGAGGAAUCGGACAGAGGUUGGCGUCUUUCUUCCGGGCCACCAAGGCCAAGAGGACACCGCGCAACCAGCGGUUCUUUACUCGAGGCCACAUGCCAACGUGGAAGCUCGCGAGCCCCAUGCUGGGACGUCGCAGCCGUUGCCGCUUCGCCUCCUUGCGCGACCGAGUGCCGGCCCUCAUCCGCAAGUCGCUGCGCCGCCGGUCCUAUGGCUACGCGGUCAACCCACUACCACGUGUCUAGAUGCAU